AUGUCCACGGAACAGGACGCGGCUGGCGGGCCGCCGAACGGCAGUGCCGCCAUCAACGAGCAGACUCAGCUUGCUCCGCCCGCACCGACGCCGCUCCCGGCACAGCCUGCCAGCUACGGCACGCUCGCGGACGUGCCCGAUCAACAAAUCAGCGUCUACGCGAGCACGGGGGCGCUCGCAUCCCAGGGAACUGCCUGCCACGCACCUGGCCCUCGCGCGGGCUCCCAGGGCAAGGACGUCAAGUACGACAGCGCCUUCAUCGCCAAAGUCGCCCGGGCCUACGAGCACCUGAAGACCAGGCCCGAUCGCGAGGGCAUAUGCGGAGACAGGAACCCCGCCCAGGUCGUCGGCGAGGAGUUCGGCGUCUCUGAGUGGACGGUGUACCGCCACUACAAGCGCGCCGUCGCAGAGAACCUCAUCGAGAAACAGGGCAACGGGAAGCGCUUCCGGUCGGGCGCGGUCAGCGAGGAGCGCAGCACGCGCCGCGCCAGCGAGGGCCGCUGGGUCCAGAGCGAGAUGACCCGCGACAUCCCCCCCGUGCACCGCGGCGGCCCCGGCCGGCCGCAAGUCCACGUGAGCGUCAUCCAGGGCAAGCCCAUCGAGGGCUCGAGCUUCGCGGUGCGCUACGUGGUGCCGGGCGCCCACGCGGCCGUCGCGCUCCCGGGCGCCGGCGGCGAGGAGCUCGCCGCGGGGAGCGCGUUCCUGGCGCUGCCGGGGGAGUACAACGUGUGGUGCACGCUGCCCGGGGUGGGGAGCUCCGAGCACAUGGAGCUCCGCUGCCACGAGUACGGCUUCGUGCUCGUCAUGGUCAACCCGGCCGGGCGCGAGGUGCCGGACGCGGAGUGGUUCCGGCGCCCCGAGGUGGUCGCCCAGGCCAGGAAGCACAUCGGGACCUUGCGCAUCAGCGACGAGGACCUCAAGCAGCCCUUCGAAACCAAGAUCGCGCUGCAGUUCCCGACGCCGCUGAGGCCGGCGACGGCGGUCGCGAAGAUCACCGGGAACGGCGCUAUGUUCUUCAGCGUGAGCAAGAAGUAA